AAAAAUAUUAAAUCGAAGAUUAGUUUAGUUUGGAUUUUCUUUUAAAUGAGUUGAGAGGAGUGAGUAUUAUCUUGAUGCAUCCCGCGUCUAUUUUUAAGGAAAAAAAAUAGUAAUUUAUUACCACAAAAAAUUGAAAAAAAAUUCACAAAAUUGGUCGGAGAGUAAUCUGUUUAUCUGGGGUUUAUGCAAUAAUCAGAGAGAAGCUUCACGGUGCAAAAUCGAGCAACGCGAUGAAGUUGUACACUGCAAUUCUACCCUCGCGUUCUUCACUUUCACCUUCUUUCUUCAUUUCUUCUCCUUCAACUUCCUCUCUUCCCCAUUCGUUAUUACCAUUCAAAACCUCACUCCCCUCUUCGCGCUUCAACUUUUUCCCCAAACUUGUUCAAACACUAACAAGAGUCGGAGAAAGAGGUUUACGACCUUGUAACUACGUUGCUUCACACGAAGAUAGUACGAGUGAUGUGUUAGACGAUAACAAAAUGAUUGGAGUGUGUGAUAAACUCAUUGGUGUUUUCAUGGUUGAUAAACCUACUCCAACUGAUUGGAGAAGGUUGUUGGCUUUUAGUAGAGAAUGGAACAAUAUUAGACCCCAUUUUUUUACUCGUUGUCAUGAUAAAGCAAUUUCUGAGACCAACCCUGCUAUGAAGGAAAAACUUCUCCGCCUCGCCAGGAAACUCAAAGAGAUUGAUGAGGAUGUGCAGAGACACAAUGAUCUUCUUGAUGUAAUCAGUCGUGAUCCAUCUGAAAUUAGCAAUAUAGUCUCCAAGCGUAGGAAGGAUUUUACAAAUGAAUUCUUUGAGCACCUUCAUGCGGUCACUAAAUCCUACUAUGACGACGCAGAAAAGCAAAAUGAACUGGCAAAACUUGGGGACGCAUGCUUGGCUGCUGUACAAGCCUAUGAUGGUGCAACAGAAAGCAUUGAACAGAUAAAUGCUGCACAGCUGAAAUUCCAAGAUAUUAUCAAUUCUCCCUCACUUGAUGCUGCCUGCAGGAAGAUAGACAAUUUGGCAGAAAAAAAAGAACUUGAUUCAACACUGGUAUUGAUGAUCACCAAAGCUUGGUCAGCUGCCAAGGAGUCAAAUAUGACGAAAGAUGAGGUAAAAGACAUCCUCUAUCAUUUAUACAAGACUUCAGUGGCAAAUCUUCAAAGACUUGUUCCGAAAGAAAUUCGAAUAGUCAAGUAUAUUCUUCGAAUUGAAGAUCCUGAGGAGCAACUGUCUGCCCUUAAAGAUGCAUUUACACCUGGAGAAGAACUUGAAGGAAAUGAUGUGGAUAGUUUGUACACGACGCCAGAGAAGCUUCACACAUGGAUAAAGACUGUGUUGGAUGCUUAUCAUUUGAGCAAAGAAGGUACCCUCAUUAGGGAAGCAAGGGAUCUGUUGAAUCCAGAGAUCAUCGAAAAGUUGGAGAUGUUAAAGAAGGUUGUGGAAAGGAACUUCAUGUGAAUACAAGGGUGAGAAACAUACUAAGGUGGUUUCCUAAUUGGCAUGAGAUUCUUGAUGUUCAUCAAAUGCAUGGCCAGAUCUACAUCAUUGCUCUAAAUAAGCCUAUAUUCUGGCUAGUAGUUGGAAACUUUGGAUUUUUUAAACAAGAAUAAGCUGAAACAGGAAACAAAACUAGACAACUAUCACGAUUGUAAGAUCGAAAGUUAGGUUAGGUUACAUUUGUUUUUGGUUACUAUAGGACUUUGAAAUUUGAGUAGACGAUUGUGUCCUAUGCACGUGGGAGAGGGAAAUGUUAUAUGUAGAGUAAAAAUACAGCAUAUCCACUAAACUUCAGCAUUGGCCAGGUCUCUUAUGUUGUUAUAUGAUUGUGAAUAAAAUAUUCCAUUGGAUAUGUCUUUAAAGGCUGAACAAAUGAGCACAAUUGAAAUAUUACAGUCGUUGUUUGA